AUGGCGGCUGAAGAACACCAGAAUAAUAAUCCACUCCCUCCAAAUCAUGCUCAGCCGCCGGCGCCGGCUGUAGCUACGGGGCCACCUCCUGCCGCUUUGCCUCAGUACCCGGAGUUGAUUAUGAAUGCAAUUGAUGCGUUGAAUGAUAAGAAUGGGUCAAACAAAUCAGCAAUUUCAAAGCACAUCGAGGCCACCUAUGGAAACCUCCCGCCGGCCCAUUCAACCCUACUUUCUCACCACCUGAACAAGAUGAAGGCCACCGGGCAGCUACUUUUCGUCAAGAACAAUUACCUUAAGCCGGGCCCAGAUGCUCCGCCGCGCCGUGGCCGUGGUCGUCCACCGAAGCCCAAGACACCUCUUCCACCCGGCACCGUUCUACCUCCUCCUCGUCCCCGCGGCCGCCCACCCAAAUCGCGGGAUCCCAAUGAUCCGCCGCCUCCUCCAAAGCCGAAAUCUGCUCCAAGCCCUGCUGCUUCUGGCAGGAAACGUGGGCGGCCGCCGAAGGCUACAAAAACCGGGGUACCGCCACCUUCUGCCGCUGUUGGAGCAACAAGUGGGGUGCCAAGAGGCCGGGGAAGACCACCGAAAGUGAAGCAAGCUGUGGCUGCUCCGGUAGGGGCUUGA